AGUCCGGGAGUGACGUCACCAUCGGGGCAGCCAGAGGAGCUUGUUGUUUGUUGUUUUGCUCGAAAGUGUUGCGAGCUAAGCUCUGCCCGUCUCUACGUUGAAUUCAAAACCUGCAAUCCAGUCGACAGCUUGAAAGAAAGAUAUUUAGAAAGAUAUUGUAUCGUGGUUAUUAUCAUUUUCAUCUGCAUCGAGCGAAAAAGAGCCCGGAAACAUGAAAUGGAUGUUCAAAGAGGAUCACUCCUUGGAACAUCGAUCUAUAGAGUCAGCCAAAAUCCGUAACAAGUACCCUGACCGGGUCCCGGUGAUUGUGGAGAAAGUGUCUGGAUCACAGAUAGUGGACAUCGACAAGAGGAAGUACCUGGUCCCCUCUGAUAUCACAGUGGCUCAGUUCAUGUGGAUCAUCAGGAAACGCAUCCAGCUGCCCUCAGAGAAGGCCAUCUUCCUGUUUGUGGACAAGACAGUGCCGCAGUCCAGCAUCACAAUGGGGCAGCUGUACGAGAAAGAGAAGGACGAGGACGGCUUUUUAUACGUGGCUUACAGUGGGGAGAACACCUUUGGCUUUUAAAAAACAAGAAAACCACGAUCUGGACCGGCCUCACCUGCUCGACACCCCCCACCCCCACAUCUAAUCACAGCCUUCUCGGCCCCUGGAGGAACGGCGGGGAAACCCCAUUGAGAUUGAGAGACAUGAAC